AUGGAUACAGAAGAAAAAAAUAAAGCUCAAGUGUCACCUACUUUACUAGAAAGGAUUACUCAAAUAGAAAUUAAAUUGGAAAAACUUUCACUGGCUGCAGAUGUUUCAAAAAAACAAUCACAAUCAGUUAGUUCUCCUACUGAGACAAAAAAAGAUUCAGAUCGUUCACAAAAGCCAAAAAUGCCAGAGGAACAGAUACCUGAAAAAAUGGGUACAGAAGAAAAAAAUAAGGCUCAAGUGUCACCUACUUUAUCAGAAAGGAUUACUCAAAUAGAAAUAAAAUUGGAAAAACUUUCUCUGGCUGCAGAUGUUUCAAAAAAACAAUCACAAUCAGUUAGUUCUCCUACUGAGACAAAAAAAGAUUCAGAUCGUUCACAAAAGCCAAAAAUGACAGAGGACAAGACACCUAAAAAAAUGGAUACAGAAGAAGAAAAAAAAGCUAAAGCGUCACCUACUUUUUCAAAAAUGAUUACUCAAUUAGAAAUUGAAUUGGGAGAAUUUUCUCUAACUGCAGAUGUUCCACAACAACAAUUACAACCAGUAAGUUCUCCUACUGAGACAAAACGAGAUUCAGAUCGCUUACAACAGCAAAAACUUAUAAGUGAAAAGAAACAUGAAGAAAUGGAGACUGAAGCAGAAAUGAAGCCUGAAGAGUCACAUACUUUAUCAGAAGUGAUUACUCAAUUAGAAGUUGAUUUGGUAGAACCUUCUCUGGCUGCAGAUGUUCCACAACAACAAAUACAACCAGUAAGUUCUCCUACUGAGACAAAACGAGAUUCAGAUCGCUUACAACAGCAAAAAAUUAUAAGUGAAAAGAAACAUGAAGAAAUGGAGAUUGAAGCAGAAAUGGAGACUGAAGAGUCACAUACUUUAUCAGAAGUGACUACUCAAUUAGAAGUUGAAUUGGAAGAACCUUCUUUGGCUGCAGAUGCUCCACUACAACAGUCACAACCAUUUAGUUUUGAUGCUGCAACGACACAUGUUUCGGAUGAUUCACAACAGCCAAAAAUUAUAAGUAAAAAGAAACAUGAAGAGAUGAAUACUGAAGAAAAAAUACAAACUGAAGAGUCACAUACUUUAUCAGAAGUGACUACUCAAUUAGAAGUUGAAUCGGAAGAAUCUUCUUUGUUUGAAGUGGUUCCACAACAACAAUCACAACCUUUUAGUUUCCCUGCUGCAACAACACAUGAUUCGGAUGUUUCACAACAGCCAGAAAUUAUGAGUAAAAAGCAACAUGAAGAAAUGGAUAAUGAAAAAAAAAGGGAGACUGAAGAGUCACAUACUUUAUCACAAGUGAUUAAUCAAGUUGAAGUUGAAUCGCAAAAAGAAGAAACGAUGGACGCUGCAGUGUCACAUAUUUUUGCAGAAGAGACGAAUUCACGACUGGUUGAAACGGAAGAACCUUCCUUGUCUAGAGAUGCUUCGGAAAUAAUAGUAGCACAACCUGAUGAAACCUUUCAUGAUGAGGUAUUACAAGUAGUUAUUUUACAAGAAGAAAGUAGUUUGCAACAAGAAGAUAGUUCACAACCAGAAGAAAGAAGGAGGGAAAAAACAUCAUAUAUUUGGAAAUUUCUGCAUUCAGUAGAAAUUGAUUCUCCAGAACCUAUUGUAACUCUAUAUGAAGAAAACGAAGAUUUACAACCACUUACUCUUCGUGAAUUGUCAACUCCUGAAACAGAUAAUUCACAAGGGAGAGAUAGGUUAACGAUAAGAUCAUACAGAAGCUCACGUGAAAGCACGGAUAUCGAUAAUUUACAAAAAGAAAGGAAGUCACCAGAAGCAGAUAUAUCAUCAGAAUCAGAUGGUUCACAAAGGAAAAAAGAAUUUCUGGAGAUAACAAGACGGUAUGAUUCUUCUUCAUCAACGGAUGAAGAUGUAGGUGUAAAGAUUGAUUUGGAAAAACCUUUCUCCUCUUCUCCAAAAAAACGAUCAAAACAAGUUGGUUCUCGUGGUAAGACAAAACAUCAAUUAGUUGUUCCACAAGAAGCAAGUGGACCAAAGAAAAGGGCACAUGAAACCUCAAGUGAAAGCACGGAUAUCGAUAAAGGUGAUUUACAAAAAGCAGUUAGAUCUCCCAAAUCAGAUAUUCCACCAAAAGCAGAUGGUUCACAAAGGAAAAAAAAAUUUCUGGGGAUAACAAGACGUUAUGAUUCUUCUUCUACAACAGAUGAAGAUGAAGGUGUAAAGAUUGAUUUGGAAAAACCUUCUACCUCUUCUUCAAAAAACCAACCAAAACCAGUUGUUUCUCCUGGUAAGACAAAACAUCAAUUGGAUGUUCCACAAGAAGCAAGUAGACUAAGGAAAAGGUCACAUGAAACCUCAAGUGAAAGCACAGAUAUCGAUGUAAGUGAUUUCCAAAAAUCAAGUAGCUCACGAAAAUCAGCUAUUUCACCAGAAGCAGAUAGUUCUCAAAGGAAAAAGAAAUUUCUAGAAAUAAGAAGACCUAUUUCACCAGAAGCAGAUAGUUCUCAAAGGAAAAAGAAAUUUCUAGAAAUAAGAAGACGUUUUGAAGCUUCUUCAACAAAAGAUACAGAUACAGAUGAAGAGAUUGAUUUGGAAAAACCUUCUACCUCUUAUUCAACAAAACAAUCAAAACCAGUUGUUUCUCCUGGUAAGACAAAACAUCAAUUGGAUGUUCCACAAGAAGCAAGUAGACUAAGGAAAAGAUCAUAUGAAUCCUCAAGUGAAGGCACGGAUAUCGAUUUAGAUGAUAUACCAAUAGCAGUUAGCUCACCAAAAUCAGAUAUUUCACCAAAAGGAGAUGUAAUCGCGGUCAAUGCUGUUUUUAACGUAGUGUCGCAUAAAGCCGUCACCGAAGAGCAACUCGAAAACAAGAAACGAGGAGAACCAGAGGAUAUUCUGUCUGUUUCUGGCGACGGCUCUUGUGCCAAAAGAGGAUUCUCUUCGUUGAUUGGAAUAGUUUCUCUAAUUUUAAAAUAUAGUGGAAAAAGUGUCGACGUUUCUAUAAGGUCAACUUACUGUAAGGGAUGUAGUGCCGGGAAGAUGGAGGUUGAUGGUAUCGUGGAGAUGUUUCUUCGAUCACUCAAGAAGUUCUCCGUAAAAUAUGGUUUUUAUAUCGGCGAUGGCGACACAAAAACUUUUCAAAUGUUGCUAAAUGUUUUUCCCUACGGCGAAGAUUUUGUUAUCAAAAAAUUAGAGUGUGUUUUACAUGUUGCCAAACGAGUUUUCAACCGUGCUAAUGAAGCACGAAAAGCACUGAUUCAAAAGAGAAAAGCUCUGAAACAAGCGGAAGCCAAGAAACCUGCUGCAAAAAAAGGACCGAAGAAAGUUGUAAAAAAGAAAAAAGUUAUUAAAAAAAGUGUUCCAGUGAUUAAAACUCAACGAUUGACUAUAAAGUUGAUGAAGGAGUUGUCAACUAACUAUGGAUCAACCGUUCUCAAAUUUCGAUGCCCGCUAACAGCAUACCUACUUUUUAAGGGUUCACAAUUUCUAGAACAACUGAGAUCUACUUCACAACAAACAGGUAGUUCACAACAAGAAUCUAGUUCACCAAAGCCAAAAAUGACAGGGGAAGAGAUACAUAAACAAACAGAUGUUGAAAGAUGGGUGAUUGAAUCGUCACGUUUUAUGUCAGAAGUGACUACUCCAUUAGAAGUUAAAUUGGAAGAGCCUYCUUCAACUGRAGAUGUUCUACAAGAACAAUCGCAAUCAUUUAGUGUAAGCACUGAAACAACACAUGAUUCGGAUCUUUCACAAAAGUCAAAAGUGACAGAGGAAAAGAUAUCUGAAAAAAUGGAUACAGAAGAAAAAAAUAAAGCUCAAGUGUCACCUACUUUACUAGAAAGGAUUACUCAAAUAGAAAUUAAAUUGGAAAAACUUUCUCUGGCUGCAGAUGUUUCAAAAAGACAAUCACAAUCAGUUAGUUCUUCUACUGAGACAAAAAAAGAUUCAGAUCGUUCACAAAAGCCAAAAAUGCCAGAGGAACAGAUAUCUGAAAAAAUGGGUACAGAAGAAAAAAAUAAGGCUCAAGUUUCACCUACUUUAUCAGAAAGGAUUACUCAAAUAGAAAUAAAAUUGAAAAAACUUUCUCUGGCUGCAGAUGAUUCAAAAAGACAAAUACAAUCAGUUAGUUCUCCUACUAAGACAAAAAAAGAUUCAGAUCGUUCACAAAAGCCAAAAAUGACAGAGGAAAAGAUACCUAAAAAAAUGGAUACAGAAGAAAAAAAAAAGGCUAAAGCGUCAGCUACUUUUUCAAAAAUGAUUACUCAAUUAGAAAUUGAAUUGGGAGAAUUUUCUCUAACUGCAGAUGUUCCACAACAACAAUUACAAUCAGUUAGUUUUCCUAUUGAGACAAAACGAGAUUCAGAUCGUUCACAACAGCCAAAGACGACAAUGGAAAAGAAAACCGAAGAAAUAGAUACUGAAGCAAAAAUUGAGACUGAAGAGUCACAUACUUUAUCAGAAGUGACUACUCAACUAGAAGUUGAAUUAGAAGAACCUUCUUUGGCUGCAGAUGCUUCACUACAACAAUCACAACCAUUUAGUUUCCCUGCUGCAACAACACAUGAUUCGGAUGUUUCACAACAGCCAAAAAUUAUAAGUAAAACGAAACAUGAAGAAAUGGAUACUGAAGCAGAAAUGGAGACUGAAGAGUCACAUACUUUAUCACAUGUGACUAUUCAAGUAGAAGCUGAAUCGGAAGAAUCUUCUUUGUUUGAAUCACAUACUUUAUCACAUGUGACUAUUCAAGUAGAAGCUGAAUCGGAAGAAUCUUCUUUGUUUGAAGUGGUUCCACAACAACAAUCACAACCUUUUAGUUCCCCUGCUGCAACAACACAUGAUUCAGAGGAUUUACAACGGCCCAUUAGUUCUAUGAAAGAACAAUAUGCAGAAAAUAUUGGAGAAGAAAUGACGGAUGCUGAAGUGUCACAUAUUUUGGCAACAGAGACGAAUUUACAACUGAUUAAAACGGAAGAACCUUCUUCGUCUAGAGCUGUUCCAGGCAUAAUAGCUACUGAUCAUGGUGAAACAACAAAUGUUGAGACACCACAAGCAGAUAUUUCACAACAAGAAAGUAGUUCGCUACAAGAAGAUAGUUUGCUACAAGGAGGUUGUUUGCAACAAGAAGAUAGUUCACAACCAAAAGAAAGAAGGAGGCCAGAAACAUCAGAUAUUUGGAAAUUUCUGCAUUCAGUAGGAAUUGAUUCUCCAGAACCUAUUUUAACUCUAUAUGAAGAAGACGAAGAUUUACAACCACUUACUCAUCGUGAAUGUUCAAGUCCUGAAACAGAUGAUUCACAAGGAAGAGAUAGGUUAACGAUAAGAUCAUCCAGAAGAUCACGUGGAAGCACGGAUAUCGAUAAUUUACAAAAAGAAAGGAAGUCACCAGAAGCAGAUAUAUCAUCAGAAUCAGAUAGUUCACGAAGGAAAACAAAAUUUCUACAAAUAAAAAGAGGUUAUCAUUCCUCUUCAACAUCAGAUGAAGAUGAAGAUGAGAAGAUUGAUUUGGAAAAUCCUUCUUCCUCUUCUCCAAAAAAACGAUCAAAACAAGUUGGUUCUCGUGGUAAGACAAAACAUCAAUUAGAUGUUCCACAAGAAGCAAGUAGACAGAGAAAAAGGUCACAUGAAACCUCAAGUGAAAGUAAUGAUAUCGAUUCAGGUGAUUUACCAAAAUCAGGUAGAUCACCAAAAUCAGCUAUUUCACCAGAAGCAGAUAGUUCUCAAAGGAAAAAAAAAUUUCUAGAAAUAAGAAGACGUUUUGAAACUGCUUCAACAAAAGAUGAAGAUAAUGAUAAAAAGAUUGAUUCGAAAGAACCUUCUACCUCUUCUUUAAAAAAACAAUCAAAACCAGUUGUUUCUCGUGGUAAGACAAAACAUCAAUUAGAUGUUCCACAAGAAGCAAGUAGACAGUGGAAAAGGUCACUUGAAACGUCAAGUGAAGACACGGAUAUCGAUGUAAGUGAUUUCCAAAAAUCAAGUAGCUCACGAAAAUCAGCUAUUUCACCAGAAGCAGAUAGUUCUCAAAGGAAAAAAAAAUUUCUAGAAAUAAGAAGACGUUUUGAAGCUGCUUCAACAAAAGAUAAAGAUACAGAUGAACAGAUUGAUUUGGAUAAACCUUCUACCUCUUCUUCAACAAAACAAUCAAAACCAGUUAUUUCUCCUGGUAAGACAAAACAUCAAUUGGAUGUUCCACAAGAAGCAAGUAGACUAAGGAAAAGGUCAUAUGAAACCUCAAGUGAAGACACGGAUAUCGAUGUAGAUGAUAUACCAAUAGCAGAUAGCCCACCAAAAUCAGAUACUUCACCAAAAGGAGAUGGUUUUGAUCCAAUACUGAAAAUAAUGCACGUUUUGGGUAUCAAACUUGGCCCUAUCGCAGUUAAUUAUGCCAGCAACCGCGACAACACGCGUGUGCGCUCAAUCAAUCGUUUGAGCGGAGAAUCUUUAAAAGAAGCCAGGACACAACGAAAAAAGGCUAGAGUAGAAGAUAAUGAGUACUUUGAAGUAGCAGAAAGCGUACCGUAUGGGGCAGGCAUCGCAGAAUAA